AUGGACAUGAAGGCCAGGGGGGCCGGCGGCACGGCGUCACCGAUGGAGAAGAAGAGGUCGGAGAGGGAGAGGAGGCAGCGCAUGAAGGCGCUCUGCGAGAAGCUCGCGUCCCUCAUCCCAAAAGAACACUUCCCCCACGCUGAUACAUUGAGCCAGCUAGGCAGCCUGGAUGUGGCGGCAUCAUACAUCAAGAAGCUCAAGGAACGGGUCGAUGAUCUACAACACAAGAAGGCCUCUGCACAAGCCAUGGCUACCUUACUGGGAGUUAGUGGCAUCUCGACGCCCACUAUCACUGCUACCACGAGCAGCGGUGCAGGGUCACCAGAAGGAGGAAAAAAAUUGGAGGCAGCACCACGGGUAGUGGAGGUGCGGCAAUACGACGAUGCAAGCAUGGAGGUGAGGCUGAUAUGCAGCAUGGAGAGGCCUAUCAAGCUCCAUGAGGUGAUCACCAUUCUUGAGGAAGAAGGGGCCGUCAUCAUUAACGCUAAUCACUUUGUUGUUGUCGACAGAAUAUUCUACACUAUACACUCCCGGGCCUUCAGCACCAGAAUUGGCAUAGACGUUUCAAGAAUUUCCGAACGAAUGGGGGCAUUGGUGUGA